CAAUAAAUAAAUAAAUAACUUUAUUAGAGCGUCAAAGGGACUAAACUAGGCUGACGAAACACGCCGGCAAGACAACACAAACGUCUCCAAAUAUGGCACUUUCUUUUUCUACACCGAAAGAUAAACCUGCUAUUGCUGCCUUGUUGACGGCAGAGUUUGUAGUGAAAGCAGGAAAGCCUGUCAAGAUCGAGCUUGGAAAUAAUACAUCAUUGGUAGUUGAUAAGAACACUUCUUUCAAUACAAACCACUCAAUCUGCCGAUUUUUGGCCAGAAGUUUUCCAGAGCUUGGCAUUCAAGGAAAUACAGCUGUUGAAAAAACUGAGGUUGACCAUUGGUUGCUGUUUGCUCAAGGGAGAUUAUCAUGUGCUAAUGAUUUUACUUCAGCAGUUGUCUACCUUGAUACAGUGCUAGGACCAAUCACUUACCUGGUUGGUCAUAGUGUUACCAUUGCUGAUUUUGCAGUUUGGGAAUGCUUACAUAGUAAUAGUGCAUGGCAGAAGUUGUAUAUCAGUGGAGAAGCACCAGUUAAUGUCAAGAGAUAUUAUAAAUAUUUAUGUGAACAACCUGUCUUCUUGUCCAUCAUGAAAAAGACCCCUAAGGUUGAAGUCAAAGGGGGAAGUGGAAAAGAUAAAAAGACAGAGUCUUCAGUUAAGAAAGAUGAAGGAAAGUUUGUUGACCUCCCAGGAGCAGAGACGGGAAAAGUUGUGGUCAGAUUUCCUCCAGAGGCAAGUGGAUUUUUACAUGUUGGACAUGCUAAGGCGGCCCUUUUGAAUUAUUACUACAGAGAGAUGUUCAAAGGAACGUUGAUUAUGAGAUUUGAUGACACAAAUCCAGCUAAAGAAUCAUCAGAGUUUGAGAAGGUAAUAUUGGAAGAUGUGGCUAUGUUGGGUAUUAAGUAUGACAAGUUCAGUCACACGUCAGAUCAUUUUGACUUGAUGCUUGACUUGUGUACCAAGAUGAUUAAAGAAGGAAAAGCCUACGUGGACAAUACCGAACCUGAGCAGAUGAAAAAAGAACGAGAGGAAAGGGUAGAAAAUGAUAACAGGAGAAACAGUGUUGAGAAGAAUUUGAAAAUGUGGGAGGAGAUGAAGAAAGGAUCUGACCCUGGACUGAAAUGCUGUGUCAGGGCCAAGCUAGACAUGCAGUCAGAUAAUGGCUGUUUGAGGGACCCAACAAUGUAUAGGUGUAAAAAUGAGACCCAUGUAAAAACUGGUAACAAAUACAAAGCGUAUCCAACCUAUGAUUUUGCCUGUCCAAUCGUAGAUAGUGUAGAAGGAGUGACACAUGCCCUGAGAACCACAGAGUACCAUGACAGAGAUGAUCAGUACUUCUGGUUUAUAGAGGCACUCAAACUAAGAAAACCCCAUAUCUAUGAGUACAGCAGAUUAAAUCUUCAGAAUACAGUACUGUCUAAGAGAAAACUGACCUGGUUUGUUAAUGAGGGAAUUGUAGAUGGAUGGGAUGACCCUAGAAUGCCAACAGUUAGAGGUGUACUUAGAAGAGGACUUACAGUAGAGGGAUUAAAACAGUUUAUUGUAGCCCAGGGGUCUUCCAGAUCUGUGGUUAUGAUGGAAUGGGACAAGAUAUGGUCUGUUAAUAAGAAGGUAAUAGAUCCCAUUGUACCAAGGUACACAGCUCUGUUGAAAGAGGAUGUAGUUCCUGUAACGAUGAAAGGGGCUGUGGAGAGUAUGAAACAAGUUCCUAAACAUCCAAAGAAUGGAGAAAUAGGAGACAAGGAUACAUGGUAUAGUCCCCUGAUAUAUAUAGAGGGCGCUGAUGCUGAGUUGAUAUCAGAGGGAGAAAUGGUUACAUUUGUCAACUGGGGAAACAUCAAUUUCACCAAAAUUGUCAAAGAAAAUGGAAAAGUAAAGUCUAUGGAGGCUGUUUUGAACUUGGAUAAUAAGGACUUUAAGAAGACGCAGAAGAUCACAUGGUUAGCUGUAACAGACAAGGCUCCAUUCAUUCCAUGUGUUUGUGUCCAGUAUGACCACAUUAUAACUAAACCUAUACUUGCCAAAGGAGAGGACUUUAAACAGUAUGUCAACAUGAACUCUAAGCAAGACAAUGUAAUGUAUGGAGAUCCAUGUUUGAAAGAUCUGAAGAAAGGGGACAUAAUCCAGCUCCAGAGGAGAGGAUAUUAUAUCUGUGAUCAACCAUAUGAAUCUGUGAGUGUGUUCACUGGAAAGUGUGGUCCAUGUGUACUUCUGAAUAUUCCAGACGGUCAUCAGAAAGAAAUGCCCACAGCUGGUUCUAAACAUAAACAGGAAGGCAGUGCUAAAGAGAAAGCUCAAAGUAAGAAAGGUAAAGCAGCAGAAAAGUCACCAAAGGAUGAAAACCCUCCAUCAUCUAUAAACCUUGAUUUAGUCGAUUUAUAUAACAGAACUAAAGCUCAGGGAGAAAGGGUCAGAAAUCUUAAGACUGAAAAAGCUAAAAAGGAGUUGGUUGAUACUGAAGUUAAGAUACUGUUGGCCCUGAAAGCUGAAUAUAAGGCUGCCACUGGUAAGGACUGGAAACCAGAUGAUCCACCAAAGGCAACACUGACUUCAGCAACAAGUUCUGUAAAAGGCGAUGCUGGAAAACUGAAUGAAGAGAUUGCAGCCCAGGGUAAUAAAGUCAGGGAUCUUAAGAGUGCCAAGGCUUCAAAAGCUGACAUUGAUGCAGCAGUAAAGGCUCUCCUGGCAUUGAAAAUUGAAUACAAAACUGCUACUGGUUCUGACUGGAAACCAGGCUGUGUUCCUCCUUCCACUGGAGCACCACCAGCUGCAUCAUCCACUGGAGGGCCUGGUGUUGACAUUAAUAACAAAAUAGCAGCCCAGGGAGAUAAAGUCAGACAGUUGAAGUCUGAAAAAGCAGCCAAGGCUGACAUUGACGCAGCAGUAAAGGCUCUACUGGCAUUGAAAGCUGAAUACAAAACUGCUACUGGUUCUGACUGGAAACCAGGCUGUGCUCCUCCUUCCACAGGAGCACCACCAGCUUCAGCAUCCACUGGAGGGGCUGGUGUUGACAUUAAUAACAAAAUAGCAGCCCAGGGAGAUAAAGUUCGACAGUUGAAGUCUGAUAAAGCAUCUAAGGCUGACAUUGAUGCAGCAGUAAAGGCUCUCCUGGCAUUGAAAGCUGAAUACAAAACUGCUACUGGUUCUGAUUGGAAACCAGGCUGUGCUCCUCCUUCCACAGGAGCACCAUCAGCUACAGCAUCCACUGGAGGGGCUGGUGUUGAUAUUAAUAACAAAAUAGCAGCCCAGGGAGAUAAAGUUCGACAGUUGAAGUCUGAUAAAGCAGCCAAGGCUGAUAUUGACACAGCAGUAAAGGCUCUUCUGGCAUUGAAAGUUGAAUACAAAACUGCUACUGGUUCUGACUGGAAACCAGGCUGUGCUCCUCCUUCCACUGGAGCACCACCAGCUUCAGCAUCCACAGGUGGGGCUGCUGGUGAUAUCAAUAACAAAAUAGCAGCCCAGGGAGAUAAAGUUCGACAGUUGAAGUCAGAUAAAGCAGCCAAGGCUGACAUCGAUGUAGCAGUGAAGGCGCUGCUUGCAUUGAAAGCUGAAUACAAAACUGCUACUGGUUCUGACUGGAAACCAUGCUGUGCACCUCCUUCUACUGGAACACAACCAGCUUCAGCAUCCACAGGAGGGUCUGGUGUUGAUAUCAAUAACAAAAUAGUCGCACAGGGUGAUAAAAUCAGACAGUUGAAAUCUAGUAAAGCAGCAAAGAAAGAAAUCGAUGAAAAUGUAAAGAUUUUAUUGGAUCUGAAAGCCCAGUACAAAACAGCUACAGGUAAAGACUGGAAACCAACCCCAACCACUGCGACACCAACUGCUGAGAAAAUGCCACCUACCACUAAAGAUGCUUCAGACCUCAAGUCCCAGAUAGAUGCACAGGGUGAGACAGUCCGCAAGUUAAAGUCUUCUGGAGCAUCAAAGGAUGAAGUAGAUAAAGAAGUGAAGACAUUGUUAAGUCUCAAGGAAAAGUAUAAAGAGCAGACAGGGGAAGAUCUGGCUGGAGGUGGUGGAAGGAAAGACAAAAAGGACAAGAAGGAUAAGAAACCUAACAAAGAAACCAAACAGGAAACUAAAAAACCAGUACAAGAUGAUAGUCAAAAAGACCACAAGAAAAUAACAAGGUUAGGUUUAGAAGCCAAGAAAGAAGAGAAUUUAUCUGAUUGGUAUUCACAGGUCAUACAGAAAGCUGAGAUGAUAGAAUAUUAUGAUGUAAGCGGUUGUUACAUUCUCCGACCAUGGUCAUAUUCUAUAUGGGAAUGUAUUAAGGAAUUCUUUGAUACAGAGAUAAAGAAACUAGGAGUAGAGAACACAUAUUUCCCUAUGUUUGUGUCCCAUGCAGCAUUGGAGAGAGAGAAAGCUCAUAUAGAAGACUUUGCCCCAGAGGUUGCCUGGGUAACAAGAUCUGGAAAAUCUGAAUUAGCGGAACCAAUAGCUAUUCGACCAACAAGUGAAACUGUGAUGUACCCAUCUUAUGCCAAAUGGAUAAAAUCUCACCGAGAUCUUCCACUGAAGCUCAACCAGUGGUGUAAUGUUGUGAGGUGGGAGUUCAAACAUCCACAACCAUUUCUCCGAACCAGAGAGUUUCUAUGGCAGGAGGGUCAUACAGCCUGGUCUAACAAGAAAGAUGCUGAGGAAGAGGUAUACACUAUCUUAGAACUUUAUGCCAGAGUAUAUGAAGAUUUAUUAGCUAUCCCAGUAGUUCGUGGAAAGAAGACUGAAAAAGAAAAGUUUGCAGGUGGAGAUUAUACAACAACAGUAGAGGGUUAUAUCUCGGCCAGUGGGAGAGCUAUUCAGGGUGCUACAUCACAUCACUUAGGACAGAAUUUCUCCAAAAUGUUUGAGAUAGUAUUUGAGGAUCCAGAAACACAAGAGAAACAAUAUGUUUACCAGAAUUCCUGGGGAUUGACCACACGUACGAUUGGUGUUAUGUGCAUGGUACAUGGAGAUAACACUGGUCUAGUCCUGCCACCAAGAGUGGCAUGUGUUCAGGUUAUAAUAGUACCAUGUGGUAUCACAGCUAACCUGUCUGUUGAAGACACAAAGGCUCUGAUGGAUAAAUGUACCGAGUUCAAGGACUUGUUAUUAAAUGGCGGCAUUAAAUGUAGAGCUGAUCUCCGUGACAACUAUUCUCCAGGAUGGAAGUUUAAUCAUUGGGAAUUAAAGGGAGUUCCAAUCCGUUUAGAACUUGGUCCACGUGAUAUAAAGAACAACCAGUUUGUAACUGUAAGAAGAGACACUGGUGAAAAAGUAACCAUGAAGAAUGAUAAUGCAGUCAGUCAGUUAAAGACAUUGCUAGACAAAAUACAAGAAAAUCUUUAUUCAAAGGCAAAGGCAGAUUUAGAUGAACAUUUAACAAUAGCUCAUGAUUGGACUAGUUUCUGUGAUAUGUUGGAUAAGAAAAAGAUUAUACAAGCACCAUUCUGUGGAGCCAUUGCUUGUGAAGAAAAAGUCAAGAAGGAUAGUGCAAGAGAUGUGGUUGUAGAAGAGGGGGCACCUGCAAUGGGCGCUAAAGGAUUGUGUAUACCAUUCAAACAACCUCAGAAGUUACCAUCAGGAGCCAAGUGUAUAUAUCCAGAUUGUAAAGACAAACCACAGUUCUAUACAUUGUUUGGACGAAGUUAUUAAAAACUUACAAAAAUGUAGAUCUAAAUACUUUGUUCAACACACAAUUUAUAUUGCAUGUUUAGGUAAUAUCAUGAAAGAAUCACAAAUAUGGAAAGAUUUCAAAAAGGCUAAGAAAAAAUGUAGUUUACAUAUGCAUUUUGUUCUUCACUUUUAAUGUAUCUGCUUUCAGUACAUGUAUUAAGAUGUGUACUCAGUAAAACAUCCAAUAUUCCUAGGAAAUCUGUUGGAAUGUACUUUCUAUAAAAUUAUGAGAAAAAUUAAUGCUUUGUUUAUCUCACAAAAAUUUAUAGUUUAGAAAAAAUAUACCUGUUUAGAGACUAAAUUAUCAAUUGAAGUCAAAAUAAUUUAUGAAACCAUCAAACUUGAUUAGUGCUGUUAAAUUUGUUUUUAAUGUAUUUAUUUAUAAGAAUGUUAUGACUGGAAUACUAGUUUUCAUUUAUUGAAGGUUUUUAUCGGUUACAUUACUUCAACUUACAAACGUGUCAAAAUUUCAUGUAAUUUAAGCAAAACUAUAAACUUUUUCAAUACAAUAUACAAUAUACAAAAAUGUUUGAACUUCGCUUUCUUGAUAAAAAUGUAUUAUUUUGAAAUCCAAAUAUGGAACUAGUAAGACAUUGUUGUUAGUGAUUUACUCUAUAAUCUACUUACGUUGACAACUACCAAAGAAUUAUGUUAUUUAUACAUAAAAUAUUUUAUGAUUAAAUCAGAGUUUAUGCUGAAAAGAUUGAAAAUAUAUUAUUGAUAUUGAAUAAAUACGUCAU